UGGGUACUAGAUACUGGAUGUGGGUCUCAUAUCUGUACUACCAUGCAGGGACUGAAGCAGAGUAGAUGGUUAGCUCGAGGCGAGAUUGAACUCCGAGUCGGCAAUGGUGCACCAGUUGCAGCUUUGGAAAUCGGAACUUAUAGUUUAGUCUUGCCUAGUGAAUCAUUCUGGGGGUAUGCGCUGAGCACUGCAAUAUAUACUCUUAACCGAGUUCCAACCAAGGCGGUUGAAGGAACACCAUACCAGCUAUGGACGGGCAAAUGCCCGGUUCUGUCACACUUAAAGAUUUGGGGCUGUGAGGCUUACGUCAAACGUCUUAUGACGAAUGGCAAGCUUGACGCCAAGUCUGAUAAGUGUUUCUUCGUGGGAUACCCCAAGGAAACUCGAGGGUAUUCAUUCUAUCACCCUAUCGAUAAGAAGGUAUUCGUUGCUCGCAAUGGUGUCUUCCUCGAGAAGGAAUUUCUCUCCAACGCAACUAGUGGGAGAAAGAUAGAGCUCGAAGAAAUUCGAGACGACGAAGAAACUACCGCGGCGGUUCAGGAACAUGAGCUAGAGGAACAAACCGUUGUACCUCAAAAUGCUCAAGAUACACAAGAACCCCGUAGAUCUAACCAGUUACGCACACAACCUGAAAGGUAUGGAUUCAUCCUAACCUUUGAGGGAAACGAUAUUCCUACUUUAACCACCGUCAAAACGUGGUUGAGUAAGAGUUUCUCUAUGAAGGACUUGGGAGAUGCCAGUUAUGCACUUGGCAUAAGGAUCUAUAGNGAUAGAUCACGGAAGCUGUUAGGUCUCAGUCAAAGUACAUACAUAGACAAGGUCCUCGCUAGAUUCAGCAUGUCUGAGUCGAAACGAGGAAGUUUGCCUAUGGCCCAAGGCACGAGUCUUUCCAAGACUCAGGGUGCUUCCACUCCGGAGGAAGUAGAACGCAUGAGAAAUGUUCCUUAUGCGUCGGCCAUUGGAUCCAUCAUGUAUGCAAUGGUAUGUACGAGACCUGAUGUCGCCUUUGCUCUGAGUGUCACGAGUAGAUACCAGUCCAACCCUGGCGAAAGCCAUUGGACGGCUGUGAAGAACAUCCUUAAAUACUUCCGUAGGACUAAGGAUGCCUUCCUGGUGUAUGGCGGAAAAGAAGAGCUCAGUAUUGUUGGAUAUACUGAUGCCAGCUUCCAAACUGAUAGAGAUGACUUCAAAUCGCAGGCAGGCUGGUCUUAUGUGAAUUUUUGCCCUAUGAACUGCUGUUUUUGCUGCUGUGUUUUUUGUGGAUUUUAUGAAUUGCCUCUUGGGUUGUAAUUGCUGGACUGGUCUUUCUUGUGGAGUGCCUGAAACUGAACUGUUGGGGAUGGGUACUGCCCACAACACCAUGUUGCUGGUCUGUGGGUUUGAGUUACUGCCUCAACACAGUCACUGCUUGGGCGAGGCCUUAAGGCUGCUGGUGAACUCAUUGUGAGUGAUCUGUGAAAAAGAGCCAGGGGCUGUUCGUGGUGACUUGGUGGGUUCGUGGUUGUCACUUCCCAGGGCAGUGAAGGGCUGGAAAUGGUGCUGCCUGUUGUAUUUAGGUGCCCUAGCGGCAAUCAAAUACCUAUGUAACUGUACACUUUAUCAUGAAUGAAAGGCCUUGAAGUAU